AUGACAUCUUUAAUGACAUUUCUAAAAAGUGACUCGACUCGUGUUUUUCCCGGACUUUAUCGAAUUUCAGAUACAGAGUGCGUGAGCAGCGGGUGUGAGGCGAGCGGGGUGCGAGAGGAGAUAGCCCGCGACUACGCCGCGCUGCAGUCGCGUCUGCGCCGGGAGUUCUCCGACAGGCAGGGCAAGCUCAAUGCGACGUCGAGGCCAGUGACAACGCGACCGGUGGCCACGGAGGAGCAGCUGUCUGCGGACUUUCGCAAGAAGCUGGCGGAGUGGCAGCGACUGCGCGGAGGUCGCCAGCCUCCACCUGUGCCCGCCCGGCAGGACCUCAGCGAGGACUUCCUCAAGAAAUGGGAUGAAUGGAAACAUAUGAAAGAGACUAACUCAGUGCCAGCCUGGGAAGAAGAGGCAAAGCCAGAUGAAGUGCUAGUCCAGACAUCUACUGGCUUAUUUAAAUUUCAAGGCAUAUCUCGUUCAUUCACCCGCAAGCUGCACGAGUGGGAAAAGUCGCGCGGCAUCGCGCCCGAGGCGUCUACGUCAGCGUUGCUACGCGCCGCCCGCCAGCGCAGCAAGGCACCUGCCGCGCCACUGACGCGCACGCAGUCCGACGGCAGCGUCGCGCCCCCUCCUGGCGCCCGCUGCCACGGCUCCAGCCUCAGUGUCAAUGACGUCGAUGAUUUUGACUCCGAAUAUGAUAGGGAACAUUCACCGGAGGGUACGGAAGGUGUAGAGUGCGGGGCGCGGGGCGCGGUACUGGUGGAGGUGGAGGCGGAGGAGGUGUGUACAGCGGCGCCACUGGUGGCAGUAUCCCCGCGCCACACGCCGCAGACGCCCAUCUACACCUACGGCCGCCCGGAGGCGCGGCUGUUGUGCGAGACCAGCGCCGCGCUCACCGGCACCGCGCUUCUGCAGCCCAACGGCUCUGAUUCCCGCACCGUCAAGUCAAAGGAACAUCCGGCGAAAUCCAAAUCAGCACGUGAUCAGUUAAAAAUACCUGAAAAAAUCGGUAGAAGAAAAGUGAGUCAACAGCCAAGCAUCGAAGAAGACGCCAUGUUUAUAAGAAAAACCAUAGAAGAAAUAGAAAGGGGAAGCUCUACUAGAUUUAAAGAUGAUAUAACAGCUUCUGAAACAGAGCUUAAAGACUUGCCGUCGACAAGCAAGGGUUUUACUCUAAGAACCAAGCAAGAUGACAACCCAAAAGAUAUUAAAACCAAUAAAGAAAGUAAUGAAGAACAAAAAGACGAAUGUAAACGUAGAGAUGGCGAUAAAAGUAAUGGCAAGAAAAAAACUAAAUCAAGAGCUAGAUUAGAAAGGGAACAGUCGAAGCCAUCUGAAAGUGAUUCGGAGCCGGACGUUGACACGGUUACUGUAGAAAUUCCUAGAAGACGGAAAAGACCAAGAAGGCCGUCGGAGCGGCCGCGCAGUCCACCGACAUCACUGCAUUCAGAUUCCGAGGGAGAGGUGUUUGUUCUUAAACUAAAAGCUCCUGAACGCAGAGAGAAAUCGCCUGAAGUAAUAGUGAAAACUACUCGGAAAAUAUUCUCUCCAGUAGUACGAAGUGGAGAGUCGGUGCCCAGGGCUGUCAUACCAGUGGACGUUGAAGACUUGACCGGCGUUCGACCCACCAUGGACAGAACGAACCGUCGAACUCAUGAUAACAAGAAGAAACAAGAAACAGAAAAACGCAAGAAACCAGAACUUAACGUAAGGUCCAAGAGUUCAGGUGAUCUUCAGGAAGGUGAGGAUCAUAGACCAAGGACACGACCACCUCUCCCAUCAUCUCCAUCCUCACAGAAAAAACAACUCCCCAAAGAAACAGCACCAUCCAUUCGAAUUAUGAUCCAACGUUACAACAAGAAAAUAAAUGAAGAAGGUAAUGUGUCAGGUGGCAGCAGUGGUGCCUCCUCCCCUCCCUGGCGCUCCCCCAGCGCUGAGCGCCGGCGACCUCCUGACAUGCCUGUUGGCAUUAAUAUAAGAAAUAACCCAUUCCUCGAAAGGGAGGUUAAAAAGUCAGCGAGUGCUUGUCAGCUUUCUCGGCACGAGAACACAUCGGCGGAGAAGCGGCUGACGCCUGCCUCGUGCAGCCUGGAGGGCGUGCUAAAGUCGCAGAGCGCCAACGCCCUGCUGCCCGAACAGGAGCACGAGUCCCCGACAGAGGACAAGAAGAAUUGUAGCCAAGAUACGAUCAGAUGCGCCGCCACCAGCACCGACACGGUCGUCCCUGUCACCACUAAGCCACCAGAGACUCCGCCCACUCCCGACACGCAUCCCGUACUCAGACAACUGUCAGACACGUUGGUGCCGAGCUUAUCCAGGUUCGUGGAUAAAACUGGCUUCUUCGAGAGGUCGCUGUCUACAAUGGAGCCUCCGGGCUACGGGGACAGCGGCGCGGCGGCGACCGGUCUGUCGGAACGCGCAGCUAGAAUCCGCGCCGCCAGAGAGAGGUUCCUGGCUUCGCCGCCCCCCAUGAGGAAGGAGGGCACCAGCUCUGCAAACGAUCUGAGGCCUGGCGAUCGAACCAGUCGGAUUAGCUGCGAGAGCGAGUCAGCGGAGGCGCAGGGCUCCGGAACGCAGGAGCAGGCGCUGGGACGGAGCGCCUCCACCGGCAUGGUCAACGUGGAGCGCGUCGCCUGGCAAAGAGUCGCCGAAGGGCCGGGGAGGGAACGCGGAGGGUCACGCUUCAGCCUGGCACGGCUGGCGGCGCGGCUGAGGCGCGGAGAGCAAGGCGGGGGCGGGGGCGCGGCAGCUGGGGCGGGGGCGGUGGCGCGCCUGUGCCGCCAGAGCCUGCUGGUGCAAUUGCGCAACAAGCACUGA